AUGAGUACCUCAGAGCGAUUUACUCAACUUUUAGAUCAAUACAGAAUUGUUCUGGAAGAUGAUGCAGUGGAAUACAUAAAUAGUAUGUUAUAUGAUAUGACACUUUCAUCUUGUAAUGAUCAGCAACAGGAUGAUAUACAUGAAUCUAUUAACGCCUUUUUGUUGGAUGCAAAUAUUGAUAAGAACAAAAGAGAUGAUUUUUUUACAUCAUUAUUUUCUUCUAUUAAACCUCAACAAGAAAGCUAUCCAACAAAUAAUGUUCAAUAUGAAGAACAUCUAAUUGAUGAUGUAAAGAUCCCAAAGCAGAUUGCAAGGCGUAUCAAUAAACGCAAUAAUAAUAAUAAUAAUAAAACCAAAAGACAGCAAUUAACCCAAAAUAUAAAUAAGUAUAAUAACGAUGAAGAGCUUGACAUUAUUGCUAUCUCCCAGCAGAGUCGUUUUCAUACUGAGACUCUAGAAACAAGCAACAAGGAUAUUGAUUUACAUGGUGUGCAAAUCUCGGUUGUCUCUCAACAUAAUGGUGAAUCCAUUGAUUUACUUGUAGAUGCUCACUUAAAGCUGAAGCCGUUUACUCGGUAUGGGCUCAUAGGACAAAAUGGGGUUGGUAAAUCCAUUCUAAUGCGGUGUCUAGCAGAUAAUAUUUUGGUUGGGUUGCCUCAGAAUUUAAAUAUUCUUCAUAUCACUCAAUUAGAGGAUUUUAAUGAAUCGACCACAGCUGUUCAAGAAGUAUUAGAUGCUGAUAAAAAUGCUACAAUUAUACUCAAAGAAUAUCAAGCUCUGCAAACAGUAGUCGGUGGUCAUGAUACCUUUUUAAAGGAAUCAAAGGCAACUCAAGCUGAAUUAAACAAAGUUGUAUUUUCUAUUAUGCAAUCUCGUAUCAAAGACAAGGUAGAUGAAGCUUCUCGUUUAGCUAUCAAAAGAUCAGGAUUACGAGGACGUGAAGCUCGAAAAGAAUUGAUCAAGAUAGAAAAGGAAUAUGACGAUUUUUGUCAAAGGGACCCCCAAAAAUAUAUUACAGCUGAGAUGGUGAAUGAUAUUAUGUUAGAGGUCUAUGGAAAGUAUGAAAUGAUAGAUCAGGAAGAACGUUUAAAUCGCGCUAAACGGAUACUCAGAGGCCUUGGAUUUAGUGAAAAUCAGUCGACAACAGCGUGCAUUUCAACCUUAUCAGGGGGUUGGCGUAUGCGUAUCGCAUUAGCUAAAUUGCUUUUCAAGAAUCCAGAUAUCCUCUUGCUGGAUGAACCUACUAAUCAUUUAGAUUUAUCUGCUAUCUUAUGGCUUCAAGAAUACCUCAUCCAUGAAACAGAUGAUAUGACUGUUGUUGUUGUCUCUCAUGACCGUGAAUUCCUAAAUAAUGUGACCGAAGAGACAAUAAUCUUGAAAGAUAAACAAUUAAAAUAUCAUGCAGGCAAUUAUCAAGACUGGGAAAAUACUACUGAAGAGCAACGUAUUCGUAAGCAAGCGUUACUAGAUAGUACUGAAAAGAAGAAAAACAAAAUUUUAGUCAGUAUUCAAGAAAAUCUUCAAAGAGCAAAAACAACAGGAGAUGAUAAGCGGCAUGGUAUGAUCAACUCUAGACGUAAAAAGCUAGAUCGAUUAGGUAUGGAAAAGACUGAAGAUGGGAAGCGGUUCAAAUUAAGCCAACAUCGAGCUGGAUAUCAUUCAUCUUCACGAGAAGAGAUUAUUGUCGAAAAAGGCUUCAAGACAGCAUCUAUUAAAAUACCUGAACCGAUACCAUUACGAUACAAUGGUUCCUCUCUCUAUAUGAAUGAAGUUACCUUUCGUUAUCAAGGAAUGUCAAAAAAUAUAAUUGAAAGUUUUUCAAUUCAUAUUGGGCCUCAUUCCCGUAUUGCCUUCAUAGGUCCUAAUGGAUGUGGUAAAUCUACUUUACUCAACUUAUUAACAAGCAAGAUACAGCCUACAAAAGGCGAAGUGUAUCGUCAUCCUCUUUUACGUAUAGGCUAUUUCUCACAACAUAUUGUUGACCACGAACUCAAUCUUGAUCUUUCACCUGUAGAAUAUAUGAUGAAACGUUAUCCUACCUUAACAGAACAAGAAUGUCGUGCUCAUUUUGGUAUCGUAGGAUUAUCUGGAAAUCAUAUCGUAUUACAAAAAAUUCGAUCACUUAGUGGUGGACAACGUAAUCGAGUAGCGUUUGCAAUUAUUCUCUAUGAGCAACCUCAAGUAUUAAUUCUUGAUGAAAUUACAAAUCAUUUAGAUAUGGGAACAGUAGAAAUGCUAGUAGAUGCCUUUAAGGGAUUCUCUGGUGCUUUAAUAGUUGUUAGUCAUGAUAUUUGGUUUCUCAAACAAAUCUUUGAACAAUCUGAUGAUGAAGAUACAACAACAGCUAAGAAACAAAACGAAAUAUAUACAAUUAAACAAGGUAGAAUUCAAAAAUGGGAAAAGGGAAUUGACAGUUAUGUUGCCUCUGUACUACGUAACAUGAGAAAUCAAAAUAAAUAA